AUUGCCACAACCAACGUAUGGUAUACCACCUGGGUAUCUCAAUGGACGUACUCUACCUACCGGAACCUCGAAUAGACAACAAUCGAGCUCACAAAACGCCAGACAAAGUGGAAUGAGAGUGAAUCCAGCACCAAACGGUUGGUCUGCACCUUCUAAGCUAUUUAAUAGACCACCUCAACCACUACAAUCACGUGUUAUAUUAGAACAGCAGCAAGCACCGCGAUUAGCACAAGUGGGAUAUCAACAACCACCACAAGCACAUAAUGAAGAGAAACUAACAUCUGGGGAAGCUCAAAAGCAACUAAAUGAUCUAGUACAAGGUGUAAACGCAGACUUUGCUGAUGUUGAUCUUUCGCAAGCGCAAGAUAACAAGGUAGAUGGUAUGUCCGAUUUGACGCUACUCAAGCAUCAAAUUACAGGUAUCGCAUGGAUGAAAGACAGGGAAUCCGGUGUGAAGAAUAAAUACGGGGGUAUAUUAGCAGAUGAUAUGGGUCUUGGUAAGACUAUACAAACACUCGCUGUUAUCAUAGGAAACAAACCUAGCGAAGAGACGCGUAAAAAUUACGGUAAAACUACUCUUAUCGUUGCACCACUCGCCGUCGUUUCUCAGUGGGAGUCUGAAGCGAAAUCCAAAUGUGAUAAUAUCAGAGUUCUUACUCAUCAUGGUCCAUCUAGAACUAGAGACGCGACUAAGUUUAAAGAUUACGAUAUUGUGGUUACCAGCUAUCAGAUCGUUUCUUCAGAACAUAAAGUAUGGCAAGAACAAGGCGAGAAUACCAACAAAAAGGAAGAUAAAGAUGGUUUCGUAAAGAAGACGAAAUCAACGAAGAAACCACUAUGCGCGCUAUUUGAGACCAACUUUUACAGAAUCGUACUCGAUGAAGCUCAAAAUAUCAAAGGGAAGACAAGCAAGAUGAGUUUAGCAUGUGCCGCACUGAAUGCGCGCCUUAGGUGGUGUUUGACGGGUACACCGAUACAGAACAAUGUCGAUGAAUUAUAUGCUUUGUUGCGUUUCCUCAAGAUACAGCCAUUCAGCGACUGGGAUGAAUUUAAAGCACGUAUUGUCGUCCCAUUGAAAGGUGGUCGUGUUAAAGUCGCAAUACAGCGCUUACAGGUCAUUCUCAAACUGAUCAUGCUCAGGCGGACAAAAGCGAGUGCAAAUGAAGAUGGUACUCCACUACUCAAGCUUCCAGCUAAGCAUAUACUCGACAUAAGUUGCGAUUUCGACAAGGAAGAGCGUCAAUUCUACGAAAAUGUGCAUAACAGAGCUGAACAACAGAUCAGCAAAUUCGUUACAGAUGGCAACAUUAAUAGCAGAUAUACAAGUGUCCUCACAAUGCUCUUGAGAUUACGUCAAGCUUGUUGUCACCCUCAACUAGUUACGAAAGCUUAUACAGCUGAUGAUUUUGUUUCUAAUGAUAUAAAUACCACCUCAAAUAAGGACGUCGAGGAGGAGCAAGAUCAACAAGCUGCAGAUGACCUCGCUGACCUCUUUGCAGGAAUGGGUAUGGAUGAAUCUAAAAAAGGCGUCAGAGGCGUCGAUGAGGAUCUGAAUAUUAAGAAAAGCAAUAAAUCUGCUCUCGAUGAGCUAGUAGAUAGUGCUAAAAUUAGGGCGAUCAUGCGAAUAUUGAGUGAUAUUCAUAAUGGAAGUCAAGACAUAUCCCCCGUUUCAAAGGAGAAAGAAGAAAAGAGGGUAGAAAAGAAGGAAGUACAGAAGAAAGAAUCCAAACCAGUCAGACUCGAUCCUGCUGGAAGGCCCUCCAAAGCCAUACAAUUGAGCGAUAGUGAAGAUGAUGACCUUGAUGCUAUCAUAAAACGUACUGCGUCGAUGGAUAUAAAGAAAGCAAACGAUUCCAGUAAGCCAAGUAAGAAAAAGUCCAAUAGUCGGAUUGUCAUGAGUAGCGAUGACGAAGACGAGGUAAUACCGACAUUAAAAGCAACGGAAAGCAAGAGCACGUCAGUCCGGAAGAAAGGACCUAAGCCUGACUCUGCUAAUGCGGAGAAGACUAUUAUCUUCUCGCAAUUCACUACAUUCCUCGACAUCAUUGAGAGAUUCGUCAAGCAUGCGGGAUACAAGUAUGUCCGAUACGACGGAACAUUGAAUCCAACAGAGCGCGGAGCCGUAUUAGAUCGCAUACGGUCAGAUGAUAAAACCACCGUCAUCCUCAUCUCCUUCAAAGCAGGUUCAACGGGUCUGAAUCUAAACGUAUGUUCGCGCGUGAUUCUGGCGGACAUGUGGUGGAAUCCUGCACUAGAAGACCAAGCAUUUGAUAGAGCACACAGACUGGGACAAAAGCGAGAAGUACAUAUAUAUAAGUUGACCGUAGGGCAGACUGUCGAAGAUCGUAUUCUCGAGCUGCAAAAGAAGAAGCGGGAACUCGCAGAUGCCGCACUAAGCGGGAAGGCAGUCUCCAAUAAGCUCGGUCUCAAUGAGAUGCUCGAUCUCUUUAGAAGGGACGACCAACAAGAUAAUGAUGAAGAUUAGUAUCAUUUAAACUUUCUUGUGUAUCUUAAUAUCAUACAGCGAAUAUUUUAUAAGCAA